AUGGUUGCCCAACCUCAGUUCUUUGCUAUUGUUAGGUUAUUCCUCCUAAUUCUCUAUACAUUUGGAGCAAAUGGGUCAAUGGACCGAUUCCGAAUACCUCGGUUUGCUUCAAUCGCUUGUCUGCUUUUGAACUGUUUCGUUGCUGGUGCUACUAUCACGAGUACCGCCACCACUACGAUCACGACUUUCCCGUCAGAUUUUAUAGGGUACUAUACCUCCAAGGUAUCAGGAACUAUUUCAGAUGUGCCUUUAAAAUGCAAUCGGGGUGAAUCCUUUACAACGUCCGGUAGAUAUGCCAGAUGUUGCCCCACGCGUGAUUCGGCAGGAUGUGCAAUGCCGACGGAGUGCAAAAACGGAUUAAUGGCCUUUGAUAACAAUAUGAAAACUACCUGCUCGAACUGCGCGACAGUGGCUAUCUAUGAAUACUUCGAUGUGCCUACGUCCAUGAAGCAAAUCCUCUGCCAGGUUACGUCGCAGUCUUGGACGCUAUAUCGCUAUAUCCAAGUUCGAACAGUCAUGCCUACAGGUAUACCCUCAGAGCCACAUGCCACAAUAUCUACCACCUCCCAGGGGUUAUUAUACACGAAUCUAUUCUCGAAUCUAUCUACAACCUCCAUCACUUCCCAAGCCAUGCCAACUGCUCCACUUGCGCCCAUAAUUUCGCAAACCACAAGUCGGAUCACUGGAGAACGUAGCCGAAAACCACAUGAGAAACAGAACACAGAAGCAGCAAAGAUAUCCGGUAUCAUUGUAGGAACUAUUCUCUUCAUCUCGAUUAUCAUUCUGGGACUCUUGCUUGGCCGUAGCAAGUGGAAUAAACCUCCAUCGCUACCCUCGUCCGGCAAGGUUCAUGAAGAUGAGGGAUCGAAUGGACCUGCACUAGUGCCCACCCGAAGGCAGACCUCAAGGCAGGGUCCUCAACGAACUUGUAUGUCACGGGAGGGCUUUAAAUCGGUUGAGGAGCUGAGUCACUCCGGUGGAUUUUCUCCAGCACAGGAACUUCCUACUGUUGUGGAAGAGCGGUAUCAACAACUAAGUGCUGCCUCAAGUCCCAUCAGCCCUUGUGUGAGUUCCACGCGGUAG